CUUAGUGAAAUCGACCGCUUCCUGACUACUCCGACGCUGAAGGUGAAUGACCCCCUUCAAUGGUGGGCUGACAAUGCAGAAACCUAUCCAUCUGUCUCCCGGAUGGGCCGGGAUUACCUCUCUAUCCCCACUACUGCUGUGGAUGUCGAACGUGUAUUCAGCAAGGGGCGCUUGUGCCUUUCGCACAUUCGCAACCGGCUGAGUGCACAGACAACUCGUGCACUUCUCUGUGUGGGGGAAUGGUCCCGCCUUGACCUUAUCUCUGCAGAUGACCUCAACCAGGCUGCAUCCUUGCCUGACUUGGAUGAAGAAGAGGAAGAAGCAGAGCUUGUAGAUGGGUGGGAUAGGAUUGCAGCAUCUCUUACUAUGUAG